UCUUGGUACACAAACCUAUCAGACGUGUGUGGUCUAACAAAGCAGACGCGACGGUAAUAAUCAAUACCCGGUAAUUUAAAAUUAUAGAAUAUAGUUUAAAGGAAAAAAAAAACCCCACAAACAACAACAACAAAAUUAACCCGGAGAUGCAAGUGAUUUACGAGAGGACACAUUAUAGUAGACUUUUGGUACUGAAGCUUCUUCAAAUGAUUUUUACUUCGGGCAUGCGACUGACUUCUGAUGGUUCUGUAGCGUCAGUUUCAUGGACGUGUAUUUAAGUUCGUGGUCAGUUUAUUGUUGACACUCGAGCGUCGUCUGGUAUAUAACAUCAUAAUUAUCAAGAAUACUUUUUUGUUUGUGGGGAAGCUGACACUGCAAAUGUGGGGUUAUGGAUACCUUACCCUCAGAACUGCUGUGCAACAUCCUGAGUAACCUCGAUGGACGCAGUUUGCUGGCAGCAGCGAGCGUAUGUUGUAAAUGGCAGACCGUUAUACAGACCAUAAGCGCCAACAGCAACAUAUGGUUUGUCUGCUGCCUGAGAGAAAUCAACAUCAACACACUUGUAGCCCUCACAGGACGGACAGAGUUGGUCAUUUCCAAUGGCAUCUAUAAAACAAAGCAGGCGAAAGAUGAAUGGCAAUAUUGGAAAAAUAUAUACCUUCAAUAUUAUCGUUACACCAUUCUUGGUAAGAUGCAGAAUGUGAAAAUUUCAACAAUAAAGUUACCAUGCUCUUCAAAUUUUGAGAGUGUUGUUGUGACAGCCUUGCAGGGAGGAGAUAAAAAUACUUUAAUAAUGUGUCAUAAGAGUGGGUUGGUGUAUGCAGUUAUAAAUGCUUACCAGCAAGACCCUACUGAUCUUGAAUUUCGACUUCUUCCCUUACACUCACAUUCUGUAUCAGAUGUUGGACUUGUCAGGCCAGGAGGUUCUGGAAAUCAUGAAAAUAGAAUCUUAAUUAUUACAGUGGAUUUGGCUGGUUAUGUCAACCUGUGUUCGUUUGAUGGUGUUCCAAAGGCACAACUUCGAGUAUCAUCUAAGCAUAUCAAAGGAGUCAGUACUUUUGGGAAGUACUUUACUGUGGGCAUGCAUGCUUCCAUGGUUCCUGGAGUUCAAGUGUUUAAAGUGGAAUGGCAGGGUGUUCACCUGAAGAUAGACAUCAUCAUGAGACUUUCAGGGCUACUAUAUUCUGACAUCAAUGCUGUGGUACUCUCUCAUGACAAGCUGGCUGCAGGUGACCAACAAGGUGUUCUUUAUCUAUGGAACCUGCCAAGUCUGGUAGGCUCAGAUCAAAAUCCUAGUACUGUGAAAAUGGAAGAUCCAUGUGUCAGAAAUCCGAUUCAAUGUCUUCAAAUGGAAGCUUCAGUUUCACAGAUUGUCGCCUGCCAAGACAGCUAUGUUAUACUUUUGAGUAAUAGGACACUGAUUGUUCUAAGACCAGAUGGAAAAUUAUUACGCAUUUCUGUGGAUGCUUUGGGAAGUUCAGCUGGCGUCCAGGCUGAGCCCAUCUGCAUUGCAACAAAUGGUCCUGUCUUGGGAGUGGGGUGUCAGCAUGGCAUUGUGCUGCUUUUUAACACCCAUGAAGACAAGUGGUGGACAAAUCUGAGAGGUAGUCUGAUGUACACUCUUCGCACUCAUGUCAACCAUGUUGUCAGUCUGGCUAUCACAUACAAUGGGGCAAGGACAAUAGUAAUUGCAGGUGGUAAUCAUGCAGAGGUUUAUUGUUGGUGAGGUAUCUAUUUAUUGCUUUUGUUAAAAUAACCCUGAUUAAACUUUGGUGCACAAUCCUGCUGCAGGAUGUGGAAGUGUAUUUGGCCACAAAGUGUGUUGAAAUGUCAGGGUAAUGUAUGAGCAAUCUCAUCAUUGAUUUUGUGUGUGUGUGUGUGUGAGAGAGAAAGCAUGAACGUGCAAGCACACAUGGAACAGUACAUGCCUUUUUGACCAUAUCAACAGUUUUUGUCUUAAAAUAUAGUAUUUUAAAUUGUAUUUUGUGGAAAUAAAAGCAUUGAGCAGUUUUGUGCUGAUUGUACCCAUCAAUUUCUUCCUGACUAUGAAGUUCUUACUUCCUCUAGACGGUCUUGAGUGUAUGUGCAUUUUGUUCAAAUGUGAACAUUAUAUUUGAAAUGUUUAGAACAGCAAAUAAAGAUAUUGUCAACGAUUUCUUCUGUGAAGAACAUAAACAUUAAAGAUUUUUGUCUUAUCAACA